AUGCGCUUCAUCUUUGCCGCUGCGCUCGCAGUAGCGUUCGCACUCGUUUCGACGCCAUCGACUGCUGCGUCCGUUGCGGAGCCAUCCGGAGCGUCGCAGAUUGCCCCACUUGGUCCUGACCAUCGCGAAGGCAAAGUCUCGGGGCUGGGCGAAGGCCGUCAUCACGUGCGACCGGACCGGCCGCCCACUGCUGUCCUCAGUGCCCAGAACGAGGAAGCGAGAUUCCUUCCGGAAGCGUUUGGAAGCCUGGGCGCUUUAGUAACCAGUGCUAUAAGGAAGUUGCUUCGCCUUUUCAACAAGGGGGGCCCGAGACUGCGUAAGGAAACUGCCACCUUGAAAAACAAGGCGAAGUACAAGCAGGAGGUUGCGAGCAUCAAGGGAGGGUCUUACAAAAAAAGAUGGAAAAUGGCAACUAGUCGGUGGAGACUGAAUCGAUGA